GACAGGGGCCAGCUCCUCUUGCGGUGCCCCAGUUGCAGAUGCGCCUGGACGGGUGGCCACAGCCGACAAGUGCGGGGCUGUGCAGUUGGCGACGCCUGCUGGUCGAGUUCGAGGGGGAGGCGUUCUUACACGAACGUUUGGUGAUUAAGGCACACCCCAACGGCGGCUCAGCCUGGAUUGCGACGCCUGAUCAGGACGAGUACGAGGAGAACUACCGUAACGAUCCCGACAUCGUGGGGGUCACCUUCCUGGAUGAUGCGGGUCGCCCUCCAGCGCCGCCCCACCUGCCGGUGUGCGCCUUUCGGGCUGCCCCGACUCAGGCGGUCCUGCAGGCAGCGCUCGGCAACGCAGAGGUGCAAACUCAGCUGUUGGGCUGGGGCCAGGCUGUCGCGGCGCCGCAGGUCCAAGCGGGUGCGAUCGGUGUCCCAGGCGCGGGGAAGUGGCUCCUGGCGGAGCCGUGCGGCAACAUGAAAAUCGGGGAUGAGGCGCCUGUUGCUCCCACGGGCCCGUUCGCGAGCGUGAAGGCGGUGUCGACCUGCACGCAGCCGUCGGGCAACGCCGUGGCCGUCUUCGUGGAGUGGGUGCCGACGCAGAAGGUUGGCAGCUUCAGGGAUGACAAGAUCGAUCUCUACGCAUCGGAGGUGAGUGAUUGUCGCAUUAUGGAGCCCCGUUUCGAGCAUGGCGUUCGCAGUCGUACCUUCAACGACGGAGUGUUGGAGUUGUUCGAGGAGCCUGACCUCGAUGGCUUCCCGAAGGGUCCUCGCAUCACGUUGGGCACCGCACAGACUUUGAGGUCUCAGGGGCUGACCUGGCAGACCCAGGCUCGUGAGUGGCCCGUCGCGGCUCGCAUUCCUCCUGGGGACAGGUCGGUGCACGAGUACAAGCUGAUCUGUGAGGUUUUGAAUGCGUUGCAGUGCAUCGAUCAGUGUAACCUGCCGAACCUGGUAGGGGCCGAGCUCCUGGUGAGGCGCAAGAGCGUGCUGGAGGAGGCGCACGCCUCGUCUCCCAGCAACCCGGACUACAGCGCAGCCGACAUCAUGAUGGGCUGGGCUGAGACGAGGGGCACGGGGAGCACUCCUGAGUCACUCAUGAGCUACACCGCUAACAGGCUGAAGGAUAAGGCAGCGAUCUUGAAGGAGAAGAGGAAGGCAGUCGAUGAGUCCAGGCUCGGGGGAAAAGGUCAGCCCUCGAAAGACAAGGACAAGGGCACCAAGCAUCGCUGCAGGAGGCUGCAGCAGCGCUUCGACCGCAGGAAGGCAGUUCUGAGCCGCGCCGUCGACUCCGUCAAGGCGCUUAAUUGGUUGCAUGGUGGGCGCCGGCCUCCAAGUUUUUCGAGUCCGACCCUGUCGCAGGCUACGGCUCUUCAGCACCUUCUGGACGUCCAUCGGACUGACGUCCCGGAGAUCGUUAAUGCCGAGGCAGCCCGCGUGGAGUUGCUCGGCGCAGGACAGGACUACGCUGGUGGUCCUGAACUUCCCAUCGCGAGUUACGACAAGGAUCUGCUCUCCAUGCCCCAGCUUGGGGCGGAGCCCGUCGACCUGUCCACGGUGCUGGAGGGCAGGGCCAGAGAAUGUCUCGUUAACUUCGAAGAGGAGAUCUUGCACGGUCCCGACGAUUGGGGCCAUAUUACUGAGUGUGAGGAGCAUGUUAGACCGUAUAUGGAUCCAGUGCUUAAGUCCGACGCUGACGCUUACUUCGACUUCGUGAUGAGGGGUCACAGGUCGGGUUUGUUUCGCUUCGGCCGCACGUCCCAUGUUAUCGUCACCCCCUUCUUUGCGAGGAAGAAGGCUGGCACUUUGAGAUUGAUACUUGAGUGCCGUCCGAGUAAUCGCAGGAUGCGUGAGAGCCCCUACGUUCGGCUGGGGGGGCCGGCUGACGUUGCUCGGCUACUGCACUCGCGCGGCGACGGGGGCCCGUACGUGGCCCUCGGCGACGUGAAGGAUUAUUUUCAUUGCUGCGGGCUUCCACCAGGUGACAGCAUCUUUCCACAGUCCAGGGUCGCUCCCAUGGGGUGGUCUUGGGCCUGUUACUUUGCGCAGUCUGCUACAACGUCCCUGGUGCAUCGUUUCUCGGGCUCCGAGGGUGACAGCUUCCUGGAAUCCUGUGAGCCUCCUCCUGGUCUCGAUCGGCCCGCUUACAACGUCUACAUAGACAACAUUAGCAUCUUCGGCCAAGGUAAGUCACAGACCGAUAGGAUCGCCAACCAGGUUUUCGACGGGGUCGAGAGUGUGGGCUUUAGGGUUCACGAGCGCACGUCUGCCAGCAAGUGGGCUCUUACGCUCGGCCUUGAGAUCGACUUCCUGUAUAGCACGGUCCAAGGAAAAAGGCAAAAGAGGUGGAAGUUGAAGGCAGUUUUGGAUUGGUUGGCAGGUGCUCCGUAUGUGUCGGGUAAGGAGAUUGAGAGACUCCUGGGCCAUACCACCUUCCACUUCGGUCCUAAUCGGCUAUUCUUGUCCAUCUUUAACAAUGCCUAUGACUUCAUUCGUUCGAGUUACACCUCUCGAGUGCGUCUCUCGCCCUCGGUGGCUAGGGAGUGCUGGGCCGCUGGGUGUCUUAUCUCGUUCGCGUUCGCCGAUCUGGGAAGGGACUUCGACCCGCACGUGAGCUGUUUCGACGCUAGUACGUGUGGGGCAGGGGUCGUCACGGCGCCUUGGGACUCGGCUCAGGUUCGUUCAGAAUGCGAAUGGGAGGAGAGAUGGCGUUUCAAGUGGGAUGUGUAUGAUCGAGUUGCGCCCAGGGACAACAACUUCUUAUCGCUGGACUGGGGGGGCAUCGACAGCGUCAAGCCUUGUCGUGACAGGUCGUCGCUCUGGUCGCUGGACAAGUCGUUCAGAGAGGUCCCGAAAGAGAACCUCGUGGGCCCGACGUGGACCAAGGUCGUUCGGAGUUUUUUGAAGGACGAGGAGCCGAUAUUCUGUCUGGAGGCUCGCGCGGGUCUGCUGGCGGUGCGUCAUAAGUUACGGGCGGUCUCCAGUUUCGGUAAGACUCAUCUACACCUUGGGGACUCCAUGACCGCCAUCCUGGCUUUCGAGAAGGGUCGGGCUAAACAUCGAGGUCUUCUGGGUGCUUGCCGUCGCCUUUUGGCUCUGAGCGUGGCCUCCAACACCAGGCACCAUUUCAGGUGGGUGCCGUCGGAGCUGAACCCGAGUGAUCCUGAUUCACGCUACUUCGAGCUUCCAGCGGACCCGCUGGACACGGUGCUGGCCGAGAAGACACGUCGGUCGGCUCGACGCCUGGUGUUCAAGCGUCAGAGGGCGUUGAAGCGGGUUCGUGCCAUAGGGGGCGUGGUUCCAGCCCUGAGGGCUCUGAAGGGCGAGCGCACAGUGCUGGAGAGCUCUCACCCGUCGACUCCCGUCAGGAGGGACUACUGUCGGCGGCUCGACAAGUUCUGGGAGUUCGGGCGAAGCCAAGGUCUCUCCUUGGCCAACCUGAAAGUUUGCGACGACGCGCUGUGCGACUUUGCCGACCUGCAGUUCCUGGACGGCGAACAGGUCGACGCGGGGGCCAAGCUCCUGGCCGCCCUGGAGGACCACGACGUGCAGCGGUUCGGCAAGCCCAGCCUUCCUCGGUUUCGACGAGUUCUUCGAGCUUGGCAUCGGAAGGGGCCUGUGGGCAGCAGGGGCCCUCUACCGUUCCGCCUCUUGGCGGGCAUCUUGGGCGUCCUGUCGCUCCACGGCUUUCACGAGGAGGUGCUGGCGCUGGCCCUCAUGUUCUGCUGCUACCUGCGCCCGUCCGAGCUCCUGACGGUGGUCGAAGGCGACCUCCUCGGCCCGGUGGCCAACGCGGGCGCGGCCCUCGCGUGCUGGAGUCUGCUCCUGCGGCCGUUCGAGAGGGAGGAGCCGACCAAGGUCGGCCAGUUCGACGACACGCUCCCGCUCGACAGCCCCGACUUCCCCGGCUUAGGGGCCCUCCUUGCUGGCUUGCGCGGAGGGGGCGCGGAUGUCUGGCUCUUCAGUUUCAGCCAGACACAGCUGCUGCGCCGCUUUCAGGCGGCUUGUCGUGCGGCGGGCCUGGGCUCGCUGAACCUCGAAAUGUACCAGCUGCGCCACGGAGGGGCGUCGAGGGAUUUCCUGAUGAAGACGAGGGAGAUUCAGGCGGUCAAGCAGCGAGGACGCCGGGCGAACGAUCGCACCUUGCUCCGCUACAUGAAGGCGGGCAGGGUGCAGAGGCUUCACAAGGUUCUGACGCCCGAGGCCAGCCGCUGGGGCCUGCCGCGGUCUCUCGGCGGCGGGUUUGUGAUCGAGGUCUUCUCGGGCAGCGGGCGGCUGGCCAAAUCCUUCGCGGAGCUUGGCAUCCCAGCGCUGACCUGGGACAUCGAGCACGGCCCCGCUGGCGACCUGCUGGGCAACGAC